GAAAGCGCAAAAUCAAUGAAAUCGUCGAAAACUGACAUAACCUCGUUUUCUCGCGAAGAAUCGAGACCGAUUGCAAGCGGCCGAGACAAGGGAACAUGGGAACUUAUUCCGACGACAAUAACGGAAGAAUCUAACAAAACUGAGAUGACGAAUGGAAACACGUCAUUAGAAGACGAAGAACCUACACCAAAGAGUUCUCCAAGAAAAGCAGGGAAGAGUGGCGAUAGCACACGAGAACUGGCAAAGAUUGGGGAAGUUUUGCGGGAAGAGUCAACUCAUAGCGAUCUCCUCAGUCAGACAGAGUUGCAGUUGAGACUUAGCUCAAUAAAGAAGAAAGUAGAAGUACGGAAGCGCGGAAGGGACAGCCGUUCUUCUUACAGCAGCGAUCUAGAUGACAGUAUGCUGGAUCUUACUACAGACAGAGACCUCCUCAACACAUCCACGGGUAGCACUAAACCUACAAAGACUUCAAGGGCUUCGGCAAGAUCUAACAUUACAAGGAUCUCAAAACAGUUCCAGCCAAAUAAACAAGACUUGAAAAAUUAAAAUUCUGCUAUUUAUGAAUUAUUUCUUUCGAAGUAUGCAUGUACUUUUAGUGCAAUAUGCAUGUUCAUAAUGUGUCAAAUUGCAUAUUACUUUUGUAAUUUAUAUACAAUAUAAUUUAUAUAUAAUAUAGUUUAUACAAUAUGAUUUAUAUACAAUAUGAUUUUUAUACAAUUUGAUAGUCUGUAUGUUCAAA